AUGCUGCAACCAGCUGGAAUACUUUUCCUAAUCAUCCUGUCCUGGGCGGCCGUUGAAGCGGCUCCGAAUGACGAGUGCUUUGCCCGUGGAAACCCAACGACCAUCCAGGAGGUGCCCUGGCUCGUUUCGAUUCGGGCCAAGAACAAGCACAUUUGCAGCGGUGUCAUCAUCAAUCCGAAAUUCAUACUGAUCGCCGCGGACUGCCUGGAAACCCUCGACAUAAGCGAGAUCAAGGUGCGCGUGGGCAUGACCGAUCGAGACUCGGGUCCCACUGAGCGGGUUUGCGAUGAGACCAUCCAUGCGCGGCACCCAAAGUACUUCCUCGACGGCAAUCUUUCCCUGCUGAAACUCUGCCAACCCCUGAGCCUCUCCGCAGAGGUCAGGGCAAUCGAGAUCAUCGACAAGCAGCCCCAGAAGGACGACGAAGGCUCGGUCGCCGGAUGGGGCUCCCUCACCCAGUGGCGGUACAAGUACAGAGCCUGCUGGGCCGACUAUUCGAAGGUGCUGCGAAAAACCGAUGUCCAGCUCAUGGACAUCAAGGAAUGCGCCACCAAACGAAAACGGUUCUUCUUCAACUUGAGCACUUCGGAGGUUAACAUCUGCAGUGCCAAGGAGGAACUGGGCUGCUCCUACGACGCGGGAUCCCCCCUGGUCAUCGAUGGCAAGCUGGCGGGCAUCAUAACCACCGGCACUUGCUUGGCGAAGCCCGAAAUCUAUGCCAGUUUGUUCAGCUACAGGAAGUGGAUAGAAGACAACACACAGGACUAG